GGGUUUGGCUCUCGCUGAAUUGUAACGAGCAGGUCGUAAUGGUUGAAGCAUGUCAUCGGUAACAUUUGGCCAAAAAGUGUUCACACCAAAGCCUCCGGACAAAGGCAGUUUCCCACUGGACCACGAAGGUGAAUGCAAGCAAGGCGUCUUGAAAUACCUGCUGUGCCUCAAGGACCACAACGGUAGCGCGGAGCCUUGUAGACACCUUGCGAAAGAUUACCUGGAGUGUCGAAUGAACAGAAACUUGAUGGCCAAAGAGGAAUGGUCGAAACUGGGCUUUGAGGAGAAGCCAGACGCCAAAUAGAAGCCAUGUCCGACAUAGAGGCUGCAGUGGAAGCCGUCAAGUCUGAGGAAGUCAACGUCCCGCCUCCCAACGAUGAAGAAGCCGAGAAAGUGUUGUCCUUUCAGGAAGCCAUGGCCAUUGCUGACAAGAAGAUCCAUGCCUUGAUCAGCAGCGACCCACUGCUCAACAACCUGCAUCCCGAGGUGACCACGGACGAGCUGAAGUCGUACCUGGCCCUCGAGCAUGGUCAGGCCAUGUCCCUUGUGGUGCACAAGGCCGACGGUGACUAUUACACCGUCGUGGUCGAGCAGAAGGCCACAGUGCUGGACCUGAAGAAGGCCAUACGGCGGCACGUCACCCUGCGCAUGGCACGCAAGGGAGUGAAACGUGUCCUAAGCUGGAAGUAUGUCUGGAAGACAUACUGGCUCUCCUUCGACGGUGAGCUCUUGAAAGAGGACAAGGCGCUCCUGCGAGACUUCGGAAUUCGCAACAACUCGCAACUGACGUUUGUCAAGAGACUACAGGAGAGAUAGCUGUCGAAUAAACUAGUCUCUUUUGGAAGCAUUUACACAUGCAAAAGGAUAAACAUUUGUUGCUUCUCAUUUUA